ACUUGCAACGUCUAACGGCCACUUUAUGUAUCUAUACAAACAGCUGUUCGGUUGAUGUUAAAUCGCAAAUAAUCGGUUGCGUUAAUAAUAAAUAUGUGCUGAUUUCGUGUAUUUCACUUCAUAACUAUACGCAAGAUGUGUGAGGGAACGCAAUAACCGUGGAAUAAUAUUUACAAGAACUUCUCUACGACUUUGAAAAAGUAAAACAUGGAAGUGCUUAUCUGUAAGCGAUAAAAUUUUAAAAGUUUGUUCGAAGUGCCUCACUCCGCUGCGGAAACAUUUUUUCCUAGGGUAGCUUCUAAUCCUAUCACCAACAAAUGUCGCAGGAAUUCGGCGGCGUGCCAAUUACGAUUCCACGAUCACGAAGCGUUUUCGCUAUAUUGAUAGCGGGAUUUUUGGCCUUUUUAAUAUUCUAUUACUAUUAUGGUAGCAUUUUGACGCUUUCCGUGCUUAUCACUAUCAUAUUUGUCGCGUUCUACUAUUUACAAGAUAUGGUAUUAUAUCAUCCCGAUCUUCCCGCGAAUUCUCGUAUCUAUGUUCCCAUUCCUAAAUUGCAUAAUCUACCACAUGAAACAGUCAAUAUACAUACACCAGAUAAAGUCACAUUGCAUGCAUUCUGGGUAUACCAACCGGUGGACCGUUCAAAGGGGGGUCCCACUUUUGUGUACUUUCAUGGAAAUGCAGGAAACAUGGGUCAUCGCAUGCAAAAUGUUUGGGGAAUAUAUAAUCAUCUACACUGUAACAUUUUGAUGGUAGACUAUCGGGGCUAUGGCUUUUCAACGGGUGUGCCCUCAGAACGAGGCUUAGGAACCGAUGCUCGUGCUGUGGUUGACUACUUGUACACACGAAAUGAUCUAGACCAUGCACAAAUAGUUUUGUUCGGGCGCUCAUUGGGCGGUGCAGUAGUUAUAGAUGUUGCUGCCGAUACAGUGUACAGCCAAAAAAUUAUGUGUGUUAUUGUUGAGAAUACAUUUACUAGCAUUCCGGAUAUGGCGGUUGAGUUGGUGCACCCAUCGGCAAAUCUUAUACCAAGAUUUUGCUUCAAAAAUAAAUACUUCUCCUCAUGGAAGAUUGGUAAAUGUUCUGUACCGUUUUUAUUCGUAUCGGGUUUGGCCGAUAACCUAGUGCCGCCACGUAUGAUGCGUACUUUGUACAUGAAGUGUGGAAGUGAAAGGAAACGCAUACUAGAAUUUAUAGGAGGGGCUCACAAUGAUACCUGGAUCAUGGACGG